AUGUGCGCGGGUUGGUGGAUUUUGGUGAGGGGUGAGUGCGUAUGCACGGGGUGUGUCUUACGUGCGUUACGAGGGUUGAUGACGCGUUAUGAGACUCAAUGCCAACUGUGGCCUCAUUCAUACUAUAGUAACUCAGGUGUGCGCCUAAUACGCCACCCGCGAGAUAUUUUACCGACCCUGUCAUACAGUGUUGCACCUCCCAGUGCGUGCUCUUUUGCAGACCCCCCAUCACUUCAUGUGCUUGACUUGAAAAGGCAACCCAACUCGCUCCUUCCCCUUCUCACCGAGUUCACAUAUCCCCUCUCCUCCCAAUACGUCAUGUUCUUCCCCGCCUUUCUCCUGUCCGCCUUCACCCCAGUCCUCUCCCGCCGCACCUCCCCCCUCACCGCCAUCUCACCCUCGCCAUGUUGGCGCAUGGUCACCCCUGCUGUGCGAAGCGCCUCCUCGCCAUCCCCCCUUGACAACGAAGCCAUGCCAGUCCCUUCCCGCUGCAUCCAAGUCUACGAUACCACACUGCGCGACGGCGCCCAAGGCGAAGGCAUCAGUCUUUCCGUCGCCGACAAGCUCAAGAUUGCCACCCGUCUUGACGAGUUUGGCGCACACUACAUCGAGGGCGGAUGGCCGGGCAGUAACCCCAAAGACGCUGCCUUCUUCGAGAACUGUCGGGGAAAGCUCAAGCGCGCCAAACUCGUCGCCUUUGGGAGCACCAGGUAUAAGAACACCACGUGCGAGAAGGACAGGAACGUUCAGAUGCUGGCAAAUGCAGAUACCCUCGUCGUUACUUUGGUUGGAAAAGCCUGGGACAUGCAGGUCCAAGUGGUGUUGGAAGCUAGUUUAGAGGAGAACUUGGAUAUGAUUAGGGAGAGCGUCGCCUAUUUUAAACGCCUUGGCCGCGAGGUCAUGUUGGACGCCGAGCAUUUCUAUGACGGCUACAAGGCUGCCCCAGAGUAUGCCAUAGCAUGUUUGCAGGCCGCUGUCGAUGGUGGCGUCGAUGUGCUCGUGCUCUGCGAUACCAACGGUGGCAGCGUACCGUGGGAUCUGCAGAAGGUCACCGCCACCGUCGUGCACCGCUUUCCGGCCACGCGCGUCGGAGUCCAUUGUCACAACGACAUGGAGCUUGCUGUUGCGAACUCCAUUUCAGCCGUGAAUGCGGGAGCCAGCCUGGUCCAGGGAACCGUCAACGGGUAUGGCGAGCGCACUGGGAAUGCAAACUUGAUGAGCAUUGUGCCGACGUUGCAACUCAAGCUGGGAUACGCAUGCGUAGGGGAUGCGCUGAGUAAGCUCACCAGCUUGUCGCGUUUCGUGGAUGAGAUUGCGUGCCAAAAGCCGGUGUCGGGGCAGCCGUUCGUGGGCGUGUCGAGCUUCGCGCACAAGGGGGGUUUGCAUGUGGCUGCCGUGCUGAAGAACGAAGAUACGUAUCAGCACAUCGACCCGAGCCUUGUAGGGAAUGAGAAGCGCAUUUUGGUGUCUGAGCUGGCUGGGAGACGGAAUGUGCUGAGUAAGGCGGAAGAGCUCGGACUCGUCCCGGCCGGCGAUGAUGCGGGUGCACGCCAAGAAUGGGGGAAUCGAGCGAAGCAGGUGCUCGGACAGGUCAAGGACUUGGAGAAUAAGGGGUACAGCUUUGAGGGCGCUGAAGCAAGCCUAGAGCUUAUGCUGCGUCGAAGUGUUGAGGGUUACCGACCGCCUUUCGAGCUGCUGGAUUUCAGUGUGACCACGGAUAAUAAGCGCAUCCAUUACGGGCCAAACUCUGAGGGUCCUCCGUUCAACGAGUCCGUGACUCAGGCGACGGUUAAAAUUGCUCUCCUCGGUCCGAAAGAUGGCGGGGAGGCAUGUCCGACGAAGAUCUGCCUUGAAGUGGCGGAAGGGAAUGGACCAAUCGAUGCGGUAAACGGAGCUUUGGGGAAAGUCCUCUUCAGCAUGUAUCAACCGUUGCAGACAGUCGCUCUGACAGACUACAAGGUUCGCAUCCUGGAUAGUGAGAGUGCCACUGCUGCUACGACGCGUGUCGUGGUCGAUUUUGAGGACUCGGCCUCGGGGAGGCAAUGGACAACCGUGUACGCUCAUCCAAAUAUUAUUGUCGCCUCCGUCAACGCUUUGAUGGAUGGUUUUGAAGUAGCCAUGUGGGAUUCACUGCCGCAGUGCUGCAUUGGUUAA